CAUCAUUCACACUUCGACUAACGAUCGUUAUCGACAGAUACUGCCCUGAGCGAGUGUCUGUGCACUGUGUACUCUUGCCCGUUCGCUGUUCGCAUACGAGGUGCUUCUCCAGGGCCGAAAAAAACCGGAAAAAUGGCAACGACAUGGAUCCCGACCAGCGUGCAUGGACCGUACCCACCGCACAUGGUGCCGGGCGGUGUGGACAGUGACGGUGCGCAGAUCUUCGUCGGCCGGGCACACCAUGCCGGGGAUCUGCUGCCCGCGAAAGUGAUUCCGGACAAGACCGCCGCGUACGUUGCGUACGGUGGCCAGGAGACGCUGGUCGAGCACGUGGAGGUGCUGGUCCACAAGCAGCUGAUCUGGGAUACGGCUUCGGCCGGCCAGGUACCGCUCGGCGCUGUCGUCGGUGGCCACACGUCCGAUGGGGAGAUACUGUACGUUGGCCGCACCUACCACGAGGGAUCGCAAACGAUCGGCAAGGUGCAGUGCUCACACAACUGCAUCUACAUCCCGUACGGUGGUGCGGAAGUGUCCGUCCCUACCUAUGAGGUGCUGUGCGAGCGAUGUUAUCCUCAUUACGGCUUCCAUCCCGAUUACUUGUCUAAUCCGGCGGACUUAUCGUAUGACCCAACCGAACCGACGGCACCACCACCGCCGUCCGCAUUGGUUGGUCAACGAAAAUCCAGCUCAUCGUCCUCCGAUUCUUCCCGGGCUUCUUGCUCCGCUUUAUCGGGAGGUAGCGAAUGUAAGCCACCGGGCUAUGGGCUAAUAUCGAGCGACUUUGCUGGCUGCUGGCAACACUGCAACGUCAAUGGACCGUUCCCGCCGAACAUGGUGCGCGCCGGCGUCGAUAGCGACGGUGAGGUGAUCUACGUGGGGCGUGCCUUUCACGAGGGCGACAUGGUGCCGGCCAAGGUGAUCCCCACCAAGAACGUGGCGUUCGUGUGCCACGGCGGCGAGGAGGUGCUGAAGGAAGACUUCGAAGUGCUGCGCUACGGUGCGUUCGUGUGGGAGUACUCAUCGAACGGAUCGGUGCCGGAAACGGCCAUGAGGAUUGGCCAGACGAUGGACGGGGAGCCGCUGUACAUGGGGCGCGCCAUCUACAGUGGGUCGCAAACGCCCGGCAAGGUGCAUCCGUCGCACGGUUGCUGCUACCUGCCGUUCGAUGGGGCUGAGGUAAGCGUCACCGAUUACGAGGUGCUGUGCAUUCGAUAAAUUGGGUGAUGCAUUCGAUGGAUGGUGUGAUUUUCGGGUAAUAAAUGGUAGGAGUAGCAAGCUGUUGAUUGUAA